AAGCUGAGCAGCGUUUGUGCAAUCUCAGUGCGCUUGUCUAUAAAGGUGUAGGUUUUAAUUAACCAUACCCACUCCACUUUUGUGGAAGUACAGAACUUUCAACAGCAGUACAUACUAGGCUUAGUUUUUUACCAGACAUUUGAAGAAUCGAAAGUCUCUUUAAUCAAAGGUCUUUUACAAGCAUUGCCCAGGUGGAGUUGAGCAGUAUCGCCAGCACUUUCACAGAUAGUUUUAUGAGCACACGCCAGGAAUUAGUGCAAAAACAGGAAAAGAGUGGCAUUGUUUCUGUUAUGUCCCAAGCUUCUGAUCCUUCUCCGAUAUCAAUUUGUCAGUUUUAUGCCAAUAAACGAUGGUGUAAAUUUGGUAAACGCUGCAAAUUCCAGCAUACACGUGGUAGUCAGCCAUUUUCUGAUGAAGAGGACCCAACUGGAGCAAAAUGCAGUGAUUCAAAAGUUGAUUCCCAGUCUUUGAAAGAGGUAGCUAUAGACAACGCCACAGAAGGAACUGACCAAAGUGAAUUAGAAACUGCCCAAGUAGUAGAGGUCUCCAGUGAGACAGAGAAACCCCACAAAUUGAAGCCCAAAGUUACUAAAGAAAAUGCAGAGGGGCAUAAAAUCUGCAAGUUCUUUGCACGAACUGGCCGGUGCAGAUUUGGAUCCAGAUGCUACUUUUUCCAUGAAAGGUCAAGUGGUGAACAGGAAAGAAAAGGUGUCAUGAAGGAAAAUGUGGAGAGUGCGGAUGCAGAUAUCAAGGAGGAAGCAUGUGUUAAUGUCCAGUCACGAAAUCCACCAAGGAAGGAAUCAUUUCGUCCCCCAUACAGACCUUCUAGACCUAAACUUGUAUUCUUGAUGUCUGAGCUGUCUCUGGAAAAGAUUGAGGAGCUCAGGAACUCAGAAAUUCUGUACUUAAAGAAAAGAUUUCCAAGGGUUUCCAGAAGCCAGGUUGAGUUAACUGAGGGGGAGACUGUGGAUGAAUACAGGAUAGAGUUCACAGCUAGUGAUCCAGACUGGCCAUUUGAUGUGAAGUCAUUGGAGCUUACUGUGUCAUUUCCUUUGAAAUAUCCCCAAGUGCCUUUUAACAUUAAAUUUCCCGAGGAUCAAACAUUACCAGACACUGUGAGAAGUUAUGUGAGUUAUAAUGUCAAAGGUUGGAUUGAGGAAACCUGGAAAGAACUGCAACAGGCAGGCAAGGCAGAGCUUCUGUUGAGACGCUUUCUGAAAUGGUUAGACAAGAAAAUGGAAGAAUUUUUCACAGAAGGGUUGAAACAGUUGAAGAGACAGCUUGCAGCAAAAGCUGCAGGAUUAGAAUUCAUCCCAUUCUUUCAACUGCAAGGAUCACAAAGUCAAGACAUUCAUACUUCAAGAGAACCAGAACCUGGAGAGGAGGAACCAAGCCAUAUGUCCCCUGAACAUGAGGUCUCUGAGCAGGAAGUUGACAGUGGUGAUGGUAAUGUGGAUAAAGAAAAUAAAGAUAUUGGUGCAGAAAGUGAAAAAGGUAACUUGGAUCCUGUAAAGAAGGGAACAGAGAUCCGUCUGCUAAAACUUCAGCUUUUGGAGGAUGCUGCCACUUUGUUGGGAACGAAAAUCAAGAUUAUCAUUCAAUGUAGCAGGUGUAAGAAUCUGGCUGAAAUAGUAACACCACAGAAUCAACUUAAUGCAGUUCCUUGUCCCAAGUGUGCUUCAUGCCAGUAUGUGACAUUUCGCCCAAGCCUUGCACAUCAGAUGUCUUCUGUUAUUGGUUACCUUGACCUACAGGGAUGUGUUGCGUUUGACCUUGUCCUGGCUGACUGUGUUUUCAGUGUUGGUUGUAUGAACUGUUCCAAGGAAAUGAAGUUAGAGGGUCUUGCCCCUGGUCAAAUGAGUGAUACACGAUGCCUUGGUUGUUACAGCAAACUUAAGGUGGCUGUGGAGGCAGUUAAAUUUCAGCAACUGCAUCCAGCAAAUAUUACAGACACUCAUGGUGCUAAUGUAAUAGUAGUGAAGAAGGCACCAAGAGCAGUUAAGGACCCAGCUAUCCAAGAGGGCAAGCCUCUUCCUGAGACUGGGACAUGUAAGCACUACAGGAAAAGUUUCAGGUGGCUAAGAUUUCCUUGCUGUGGUAAGUGCUAUCCAUGUGACGUCUGCCAUGAUGACAAGGAAGGGGACCACGAGAUGAAGUUUGCCAAUAGGAUGGUGUGUGGAUUUUGUGCCAAAGAACAGCCCUAUUCUAAUGAGCGUCCUUGUAUAAGCUGUCACAGUCACCUGAAGAAAGUGUCUACCAAGCAUUGGGAGGGUGGGAAAGGAUGCAGAGAUAAGAUUGCAAUGAGCAGGGAUGACAAGAAGAAAUAUGCCAAUUCCUCCAAAACCAUUUCCAAGAAGCAACAAGCCUUGGAUAAACCUGGGAAUGCAAAAACGACAAAGUUGAGACACACAUAGAUAGUAUUUUUGUGACAUUUUUUUAAAAAGUCAAAAGUAAGAAAAAUAUAGUGAGUUCAGGUGCUAUGUCUUGUAAUCUGAUAUUAGACAGCAGUUUUCUUUAUUAAUCAGGUAUUGAUUUUUGUAGGAUAAGUACACUUAAGUAGUGCAAGCCUGGAAUUAUUUGGGUAGAUGAUUGAGCAUCUAUAUUAAUUUAUACACCAUCCAUUAAGAAGUUGGUAUAGUGAAGUUUAUGAACAUAACAACUUGUUAAAUUGUGAAACUAAAAUAUUCAAAGCUUCCAAUAAUUUUUUCUUAAAUGUGCGUAUUUUGGAAACAAAUUAUGUUAAAUUAAAAAUUAACGAUGUCUAUUCAAAAGCAUAUGUCAACAUAUACUGAAGUUUAUAAUUGUUAAAUAUUUUGCAGCAAUAAAUAUUAAAGGGACACUUUAAUUGUAAAUUAUAAAACAA